CGGCCAUGACACACUGACCCCGGUUAGUGAGGGCCACGGGGAUGGAGCCCACCCCCUUCCCUCCCAAACCAGACCAGACCAGACCAAACCAGAACAAUCCGGUUCCCUUUUGGGACCCUGAGGCGGAGGGGAAGGGGGCGCCUACUACGCCCCGACCGGAUGUGGACAGAUUUAAUCACCACCUUUACCACUGUGACUUUUAUGAGGAAGAAAAUGCCUGUCGAACCCAAGGAAAGGCCAACCUUCUUUGAAAUUUUUAAGGCUCGAUGCAGCGACUCAGAUCUAGGGCCAAUAAGCCUCAACUGGUUUGAAGAACUUAGUUUAGAAGCUCCACCUUAUCAUUCCACGACUUCAGAAGAUCAGGAAUGUAAAACUAGAUCCUGUGAACCAAAUGUUUUCAAAACACCCCAGCGGAAACCCUCAACUUAUAGUCAACUGGCUUCAACUCCGGUCAUCUUCAAGGACCAAAAUGUGACUUUGCCACCUGACCCUUCCCCCAUGAAGGGUCUGGAUCAGUACAGCAUAGAGCCACGCAAGGAUGAUGCAGAUAACAAAGAUUCCAAAAGAAGUCAUGGCAUGACAGGGACUAAACUGCAUCAAGUAAAUGAUGUUUCCAGCCCUCUCAGUUCUUUUCUCAGUGAAAGUCCAACUGUUUUGCAGAGGCUGUUCACAACUCCCACGCCACAGAAAAAUAAACCUGUAAUAUGUGGAAGCUUAUUUUGCACUCCAAAUCUAACUGGGUUUCAGACCCCAAGACCUAUUUCCGAAAGCUUGGGAGCAGAGGUGGACCCAGAUAUGUCGUGGUCAAGUUCUCUAGCCACGCCCCCGACACUUAGUUCAACUGUGUUACUAGCCAAAGAUGAUCAAGUUUCUGAAGCUAAAUUUGCUGAUGGUGACACCAGUAUGUUACAAAAAGUCUUCUUAGACCAUGGGGAAAACCCAAGAAGAAAUGGAAUGAACACCUCUUCCGGAACAAACGUGAAUUCAGAAACUGACAUCAUGGAUCACGAGUUGGAAAAAAUGUUAGAUGGUUCAUUUGACGAUGUGAACAGUUGUGAGGACAGAAUUGAACAUGACAGUGAAUCAGCUUGGAAUCAGAGUGAGCCCAACAACCUGGAAGAUGAAGUAUAUGAAGCAGCUAAAGAUGUACUUCCUGGAGAAGGGGACCUUCAUUCAAUAAGUUAUGCCAGUUGUAAAACUAAAGAGGACGGGGGAAAACAUUUCAACCAAAUAAGAGCAACUGAAUGUAAAGACACUGAACACCAAGCUGAGAAUGCUGAGCAUGCAGUUGCCCAUGAAACUGAAUUCAGUUCCAGUGUGGCAAAAAAUAAAGUUCAGCAGCCUCUUGAAAGCGGGAAUGGCAGCUCCUGCAAGGAAGACGUGACAUCUCAAGCCUCUGAGUGGUCUCAGUUAAACCUUUCAGGGUUCGAUGGCACUUGGAUGGAAAAAACCCCACCAACUCACAUUUCCUCUUUGUCAGAGAGACUCGCUGCUAAAGCUGGAGGACAAGUUGCUUCAGACACUUCUUUGCCAAGCACUCUGAGUCCAGACCGUGCCCAGAAGUUACCGAACGUUGACCCAUCCGUAAAUACGAAGGAUGACAAACAGUGUUCUCAACCUCAUCAAGACUCUGUUCUAAUGUUAAAACAAACAACCCCUGAACCUUCUCCUGCAGCUUCCCCUUUCCAAAGUAUCAAAAAUGUAACGCUCCAAACAAAGCAAGACUGUGAAAAGACAUCCAAGGCGGAUUUCUUAAGCACAAAUCCCACAAGUUUUAAAGACCCUGAAACGCCGGAAACUAGAUUGGAAAGCCACACGUGUUUGAUAAAAGACGGUUCUCGUUGCCCUCCAAGACCUGAUCCGUUGGCUAUAAAUUCAGAUGGGAAUGAAAGUUGGCCAACUCCUAAAUGUAACCCUGUGACUUUGAAAAGUACUGGUAUAAUAUCUAGCUUGAAAAAGAAAACAAGACGAUUUAUUUAUGCCGUCAAUAGUGAGUCAUCUUUUCAAGAAGAAAAAAUCCCGGAAAAUCAAGUUACAGGAUCACCUCAUUCUUCUACAUCAUCCUGUUUGGAGUGGAAGUCUUCUGUGGGCCCUCAGGCACAUUCCGGUAUUGAUCCAGAUUUAUUGGGUGCCUCUGCCAGAAAAGAGUGUCUGCUGCCUGAGGCCGACGGACAGACAUUAAGCAGUCCUUCCAAAGCAAUGUGUGGUUUAGACCGUCCACCUACCGAAAACAGCUUUUCCAGAAGUACAGUAGUAUGCCGGGAGUUAGAAUAUAAUGAAGCAAGAACUAGUGAUAAACCCCGUUCUGCUACAUCAUUUGAAGUCUGUGAAGACUCAGGGUUUCAACAAAGCCAUUUUAAUGACCUGUCAAAAAGGCAAACAGUUGCAAGUAUAAAAGACAAAGCCAAGACUGCAGCAGGUCUCCUAGCAAGGAAGCAUUCAGAAGUGGGACUUGGGAUGAUUGAACGUACUGUUCACUCUCCAAAGGAAAUCAGGACUUCAAAUGUGAAUCCAAGUACUCUUAUUUUAACUCCAUCCUCCAAUAGUCCUCCUUUGCAAUCUUCGGAUAUUAUUUCCAGAGCAAAGGAGUCCUUUUGUAAGAAGAAACUGGAAUCUGAAUUUAGGAAAAAGCACAAGGUCAGCUGUGUUGAGAAUAAAGCCAGUCCUCAACUAAAUAAUAUCGCUGCUAAUAAUUGUACUGGAAAAGAGACAGAACACCAAACUGGUUUUUCAGCUAGAAUUUUGAAACAAGCCCAAGGGAGGCUAUCUGGAAAAUGCAGAGAAGUGACACCACCUUCUAUAGACAGACUUACAGAAAGGCAAAGAGACUGCCAAGAGGCAAUUUCAGAAGUGACAACCGUUAAACCAAAAUAUGGCUUAAAUAAGCUUUUGCAUGACGGUACCUUUCUUUAUAAAGCUUCAACUAGUAACACAGAUGUUAUGGAUAAUACCGGAGAAAUAUGUGAGUCAAACUGUAGUUACCUAGAAGAAUCUGUGGGUGAAAAUAACACCAGUGCAAUUUAUGCAGAAAUGGAACAAAAAGAACCACCCCAGGAGUUGAUUACACAAAAUUCUUUUUCCUCAAAAGAGGUCCCUGAACAUAUUCAGAAGGGCAGUUGUAGUAUAAAACAGGCUCUAAAAAUAUCUGGUGAGGAUACUUCACCAAAUAAAGACUUAAAUUGCAAAAGCUCUUUUAGUUUAGGGUUGAAAUCAAAAGGAAGUAAUGGUGGUGACCCAAAGAAUUGGACAAGGACUUUUGAACCUGUUUUAAAUCAUAGUGUUAGCUGUGGCUUCCAAACAGCUUCCAAUAAAGAGAUCAAACUCUCUGAAAACACUGUUAAGAGAAGUAAGAUGUUAUUCAAAGAUAUUGAAGAACAGUAUCCUAAUAGUAUUUUUUAUGCUGAAAAUGCAAAUACUUCAACCACAGUUGACUUAGAUAAUGCCCAGGAAUCUUUAGUUCAGGGAAAUAAACUGAACCCAAACUCUUCCCAUGCUUUUGAUUCAAAGACAAGUUCCACCAAACCUAAGGAUUUGCAGGAUAACAUAUCUGUUGCUAAUAGUGAAAAUACUGUUCUGCCUUUUCAACCCUUGUGCAUUCAACAAGACCUUGAACUGAAGCAUUGUUUAACAGCCAGCCAAAAGGCCGAAAUUACAGAACUUUCUACUAUAUUAGAAGAAACAGGGAGUCAGUUUGAAUUCACCCAAUUUAAACAUCAAGGUAGCGCAGUAGAGAAUAAUGCAGUUGAACUUGGGAAAAAUGAUGAAGAUGAGUUAGUGAAUUUGAAUAGCACUUCUGAUGUAUUGAAAGGUGUUGCAUUUGAUAACAGUUUCAUUCCCCGUGUCCAUGGAGGCAAUGGCGAGGUUCCCAAACAGGUGGAAACGAGUGUAAUUUCUGAAGAUAAGGUCAAUAUUAAACAGAAGACAGUUUAUUUUCAGAAAAAUAUCAGUGACGGAAAUACCUUUGCUGAUGUAUUAGGAAUAAAAGAAAAUGAGUUUAGAGGUUUCCAUUCAGCUUUUGGAAGAAAGAUGGUAGUUUCUGAUGUAGCUUUGCAAAAAGCUGCAAAGUUGUUUAGUGAUAUUGAGGAGAUGAGUGAUGAAGCUACUUCUUCUGAGGUAAAAUCUAAAAUUGGUUCCAGUGAAAGUCAUAUCUCUAUUGUUUCUGCAUUUGAGACAGCAAAGGACAAAAAUGAUAAAGAUAUAAAAGAAAAAAGUGCUAAAAGCCUGCACACAUCACCAACUAAUAUUGAAAAUAUUGUUUCUGUUGAAAAUACUGAAAACUGGGGGGAAAGCAUGCAAAAUGAAGGGAGAAAUGACUUUCCUUUUCAGAGACCACCAGGGAUUAGUAAUUUAAGAGACUCUAUUGACUAUAAUAAAAGCAAAGGCAAAUACUGGGUUCAUAAAGAAGAAAGUGGAGAAUCAUCUAUUGCUCAACAUAAUGCUGUCUUGAAAAUGUCUGUUCAAUUUUUAAAUCAAGAAAACACUCAAGCUAAUGAAGGUUUAUCAGAUUUAACUUGUUUAGAAGCUGUUAAAGCUGAAGAAAUGUCUUCUCUAAAUACUUCAGAUAAAAUGAGUGACGUGGCAUGUAAUCCAGAGUGGCAGAAAAUGGAGGGCACAGUAAGUUCCCCUGAGCCUCAGUCCUUUCAGACUGCCAGAGGUAAAAAGAUCCUGGUCUCCACAGAGUCACUGAAAAAAGCCCACCUCUUGUUCAGGGAAGAAUACCCAGAAAAAGAAUCAGGUGGUUUUUUAUUUCCUCUUCGCCAAAUGGAAAGCAGAGUAACUAAUGAAAAAAUGGAAAAGUUUAUCAAAGAGAGAAUCACCACAAAAGAAAGCAAAAUUCCAGAAGAAGCGAUCCUUGGGGCUACAGAAAACCAACUGACGACUUUGCAACGGGAGCCAAAUCGUGAAAGUGAAUAUUUGGGAGAGCAAAGUGUAAUGGGUUUCAAGACCGCUAGCGGAAAAAAUGUCAAAAUUUCCGAGGAAUCAUUGGCCAAGGUAAAGGACAUUUUUGCUGAAGAAAAUCCAAUAGAAAAGCAGACGAUGAGCACCCUUCAGUACCCUGAGGUAGGAGCUUUACGAGAAAGAGAGAGCAUUCACGAAGGCUUUGCACACACUUCUGAGACACUUGGAUUUCUUGGCAAAAUUGGUGAAGAAAUGCCUGAUUCUGAAGAUGAUGAUAAUAAUGAAAAGAACCUUAUUUCUCAAAACAAGGAAGAGUUUCCCAAGCUCCUCAUUGAAGGAGGCCUGUGUAAUCAAACGGAAGCGCUUAAAGCUCCUAGUACAGUUUCUUUAGAAAUAAAAGUAUCUGGAGAUAUGGAAAAAGGAACUGAGAAGAAUUGUUCAGCUUCGUAUCCAGAACUGUUCAUUGGGAAAGCCAAGACUGCCUCAGCUUUAGAAUUUUGCACAGGCCAUGGUAAGAGAAUUUCUGUGAGCGAGGCUGCACUGUUUAAGGCAAGAAAAUGGCUUUCAGAGGGAGAUUUGGAAGUUGCACCAAGAAAAGCAGAUGCUUCAGAAAGUACGUUAUUCUCUUCUGCUGCUGAUCAGAACGUGCAUUUUGAAGUAAGUCCUUCAAAAAAUAUUUUAACUCUGAAAGCAAACAGAGCCAAUAGCCAUGAAAGACAAGGUUCAGUUUACUGUAUGGAUGGUUAUAUUUCCAAAGCCAGUUUUUCCAAUUUGCAGGGUAGUGAGCUCUCAAAUGGUUCAGAUUUGAAUACGGAUUGCAAUUCGGAAUAUGCAGCCAACAUUUGUAGUGAUACAGUAGUAAUAAAUUAUACUGUUGGCAGAAAAGGCUCAACUAAUUCCCAACUGACAUUUCAUAAUUUAACAGAUGCAAAUAAAAAAUCUUCACCCAUUAUGAAUGAAGAUACUAAUGUUCAAAGCCCACCAGCUCCUUCUGAGGUGUGCUCUGCACAAAAUGUCGUUAAUAUUAAAACAUCCACUGGAAAGACAGAAUUUAAGUCAAAUCAUUUUGAGCUAAAGCCAGCUACAUUCAGGCCUGCUAAAACCAUCCCCAUUUCUCCAGAAGCAGUAAUUAAACCAAAAGAGAUAUCCCCAAAUACCUGUAACAUAAGGCUAAAUAUUGGGACUGAAUCUGAAAUUUGUCCAGCUGAAAUAGUGGCAGGGAAUAUAAGGACACUGGGCAGCCCAGAGAAUAUUACUUUCCCUCGCUCUCCAGGUAGAGAGAGCAGUUAUGCAGAUAAUGCAACUAUACAUAUUGAUACUGCCAAAAAGGAAGAAAAUGCAGAUAAACAAGCACUGAGAAAACCCCAAAGUUUGUUUGCAAAUGCAAGCUCUGAGGUGGACUUGGGAAAGUCACGUUGCCAAGCGAAUUUUAGAACUUAUGAUUUCUGCCAAGCUGAGCUGGGAAAACUGCCACCAUUAGGACCCGUUGCAAGAAUAAAUCAGGCUUUUAAUACCGCAAGCGGAAAACCCGUGCGGGUAUCAGAUGAUUCAUUGAAGAAGGCAAAGCAAGUGUUUUCUGCAAUAGAAAAUCACUCUGAGCAACUGCCUUUUAUAACAUCCUUCAGAGGCACUGAAAGUCAUCCAGAGAAGGUCGUGGACGAACGCAAUUAUAACAGAAGUAAAAAGCCCCAAAUGUUACCAAAGCAGAGCUCGGGAUUCCGUACAGCAAGUGGAAAACAAGUCCGAAUCUCUGAAAGCUCCCUGGAAAGAGCUAAAGGGAUGUUAAUGGAAUUUGAUCAGCUAGACGAGGAAUACGACAUUGCGCCUAGUCAAGAUGUGACAAAAGCAUCUGCUUUUCAUUCUCGUGUUGCUAGCGACCCGUCAGAAGGAUGCAUCCUAAACUUCCCAACUAAAAAAGACCUCAAUAAAGACAUUUACUCCAAUUGUUAUGUUGAAAGAAAAUCUUCAGAUGACAGCCGCGAUAUCCAAGUUUCUCCUAAUGAAGAUGAGCAGCUAUCUCUCACAGAAAAUGAAAACCUUCUGAAAAGAGAUGUCGAUUCAACUCUGUCCAAUCGCCCCGUCCAAGCAAGAUUAGAUGUCUUUCCCCCUUGUUCCAAAGCCACAGAGAGAGCUCUGGAAACAGAAGCAGCUGCAAGCGCCAAAGCUUUCAUGGAAGAUGAGCUCAUGGGCUUGGAUGUAGCAUAUCCCGUCAAACAGUCCCUCUUUACUUACCCAAACGUUGAGGGACGCAUCAUGCUAUAUCCAAGAAUUGGGAAAAGAAGAUUAGAGGAGCAUGACUCACAUGGAGAACCUUCAAUUAAAAGAAAAUUGUUGCCCGAGUUUGAUAAAACAAUGGGGAAAGAAAACUCUUCUUUAAAAGCAUCAAGAAGCACUCCAGAAGGAACAAUGAAAGAUAGAAGAAUGUGCACGAACCAUGUUCCUCUAAAGCCAGUUUCCUGUGGGCCUUUUAGCGUAACUAAAGAACGGCAAGAGAUGAGGAAUCCUAAUUUGACUGCACCCAAUCAAGAAUUUCUAACUAAACCUCCUGCUUUCCAGCAACAUACUUUGGGACGGUCUUCAGGCAAUUCACCCAUUUUUAGGGCUCCAUUUUAUGGCGUUUCAGCCAGCAAAAAUGAGAAGAUGAAUCCCCAGAAUAUUUCAGGCAAACCUGCCAAAGUUUUUGUUCCUCCCUUCAAAACAAAGGCUCGUGCGUGCACAGAUAAACAGGACGCCAGCAAGAAAUGUCAAUCACAGGUGAACCAGCAAAUAAACAAAGAUGGAGAGCAAAACAGUAUUUUAAGUGGACCCUAUCCAGGGGUCAGUGGCAGUAAUACUGUGGAUGUUAAAAAUGGUCAAUCUGAUACAGAUAGUGCCAAUCAAGAAACAACUCAAGCCGUAGCAGACCAUGGCGAAGAACAUUUAGACACGAUCGUGAAUCUUCAGCGUGCCAGAGAGCUGCAAGAAAUGAGGAUCGAAAAGAAACAGAGACAGCGUAUUCCUCCGCUGCUGGGCCGCCUGUACCUCACAAAGACAUCUGUUCGCCCUAGACUUUCUCUCAAAACCGCAGUAGAAGGGAGAGCUCCUUCAGAGUAUUCCGCUAAGGAGCUGUACAUGUGUGGGGUAUUGAAGCACUGCCUAAGGGUUAACAGCAAAAACGCGGAGUCCUUCCAGUUUUGUAGCCAAGAUUGUUUCAGUAGAGAGUGCUGGUUGGCGGGCGAUGGCGUGCAGUUGGCUGAUGGUGGAUGGCUCAUACCUACCAAUGCAGGCAAGGCAGGAAAAGAAGAAUUCUACAGGGCCCUGUGUGAUACUCCUGGUGUGGAUACUAAACUAAUUUCUAGACCUUGGGUCUUCAACCACUAUAGAUGGAUAAUCUGGAAGCUGGCAGCCAUGGAGGUUACUUUUCCUAAGCAAUUUGCUAAUCGGUGCUUAACCCCAGAAAGGGUGCUUCUCCAGCUGAAAUACAGAUAUGAUGUGGAAAUUGAUAAAAGCCAAAGAUCAGCUAUCAAAAAGAUAACAGAAAGAGACGACUCAGCGGCCAAAACACUGGUACUCUGUGUUUCCGAAAUAAUUUCACCAGGCACCGGAGCACCUGUGACUGCUAGCAGAACCAACGACAGUGUGUUAACCCAGAAAGAAGGAGCGGUCGUUCAAGUUACAGACGGCUGGUAUGCUCUCAAGGCACUUCUAGAUCCCCCUCUGCUUGCUCUCCUCCAGGCCGGCAAAUUGAUGGUGGGCCAGAAGAUCGUGCUGUUCGGAGCAGAACUUGUGGGGCCUUCCAAUGCUUGCACCCCUCUGGAAGCUCCCGAGGAUCUCAUGUUAAAGAUUUCGGCGAACAGCACUCGGCCUGCUCGUUGGUAUGCUAAACUAGGGUUCCAGCCGGAUCCCAGGCCUUUCCCUCUGUCCUUAUCAUCCCUUUUUAAGGAUGGUGGAAGUGUCGGAUGCGUUGAUGUAGUUAUCCAAAGAGCAUAUCCAACCCAGUGGAUGGAAAAGACACAGACCGGAUCAUACGUGUUUCGUAAUGAGCGGGCAGAAGAAAAGGAGGCAUCCAAACACGCGGAGAGCCUGCAAAAGAAACUAGAAGUCCUAUUUGCAAAAAUUCAAGAUGACUUUGAAAAGCAGGAAGAUGCUGCUCGGAGGAAAGAUGUAAAGUCACGUGUCCUGACAAGAAAACAAGUCCGGGCUUUGCAAGAUGGGGCAGAGCUUUAUGAGGCCGUCAGGAGUGUGCCGGAUCCUGCCUACGUCGAAGCUUAUUUCAGCCAAGAGCAGCUAAAAGCCUUGAACAGUCACAGGCAGAUGCUGAGUGAUCAGAAGCAAGCGCGGAUCCAGAUGGAGUUCAGGAGGGCUCUAGAACUGGCCGAAGAGGGUGAAAACGGUUGGGCAAGAAGAGAUGUGACCGCUAUAUGGAAGCUUCGUGUCGUAGACUACGGGAAACCAGGAAAAGAUUCAGCUAUGCUGAAUAUCUGGCGCCCGUUGGCGGAUAUGUAUUCCCUGUUAAAGGAGGGAGGCCGUUACCGAAUCUACCACACCACGCCGUCACAGUCGAAAAGUAAAUCUGGCCGGGGAAGCAUACAAUUAACCGCCACGAAGAAAACGCAGUUUCAGCAGCUGCCGGCUUCACACGAAAUCCUGUUCCACAUUUACAGGCCGAGGGAAGUGCUGCAGUUCAGUAAACUAUCGGAUCCAGCUUUGUGGCCGCCGUGGACCGAGGUGGACCUGGUGGGAUUCAUCGUUUCCGUCACCAAAAGAGCAGGGCUUGCACCUCUAGUAUAUCUGUCAGAUGAAUGCCAUAAUCUUCUAGCGAUAAAGUUCUGGACCGACCUUAAUGAAGACAUCAUUAAGCCUUGUGCCUUGAUUGCGGCGAGCAACCUCCAGUGGAAGUCAGAAUCCACCUCGGGAAUCUGUACCUUGUGUGCGGGAGAGCUCUCUGCCAUCUCCGCCAAUCCAAAGGAGAGCCAUUUGCAAGAGACUUUCAGCAAGCUGAAAAGUACCAUUCAGGAUGUCAUCCAGUUUUGCAGCCAUGCUGAAAACAAACUGAGGAAUGUGCUUCUCAUGAGUGAUGCCAGCUGGUCUCACUGGGCUACGGAAGGUAGUUUAGAGCCACCCACUCCUCAGCGGGGAUUUGAUUCAGUAAAUAAGCACCCGAUGCGGCGGAAGAGCGAAGCUGGCCCAAGUCCACCAUCAGCUUCAGCCCUGGGACCAGGAACCCUCACGCCCAAGCCUAGCCGGACGGGAGCGGCUGGACAGGCGGCCCCCAAAAGCUGCAAAAAGCGGAAAGCCCUCGAGUACCUCAGCCGCAUCCCGUCCCCGCCUCCGGUCAGUCCUCUGUGCACGUUGGUUUCUCCGGCCUUGAAGAAAGCAUUUCAGCCCCCGCGCUGCUGCGGCCUCAGGUCCAGCACCCCUGUGCGGGGGCAGAGCCUGAGCUCCCCCCAGGAAGGGUCUGCCGAAACCCCCCCGCCGCUGGACCGCGAUCUGGUGACGGAUGAAGAGCUGGCGUCCAUCAACACCCAAGCACUCCUCUCUGGCUUGGCAGAGGAGAAUUCGGUGACUGCCGGACUCACCGGACUAAAAGCGGACUCUCCCGACUCCCCCCUGUAGCGUGGGGGUCGACUUUGCGAGGAACCGCGCGGACGGAGCCCGAGAGAUCGCUACGAGCCAACAGAAGCUGCAGUGGUGAAAAUAUCAGACAUCAGUCACGGUUUAUUCUUUUAACUUAUUUUGUAAAAAAAAAAAAAUUGUACAGUACAAUUACAACUACACAAGCAUUUAUAUUCUCUGUGGAUUGGAAAAACAUAUCAAAACUUCCCUCGUCCACGUUGGAAGUAUGCUGGUUUUCCGGCUUUAAGAGGUCCGUGGGCCUAUCCCUUAGAAAUAUUCAUUUUGACCUGACAGUGCCUCAUUUAUCAACUAUCGGGUAAAACCUCUUCAAAAUUAAGGAUCUGGAUUUGCUCACUAUUAUUGCUUUUACCUCGUGGUGCCUUGUGGUUCUCCUCAGGCCGUCCUGCUUAAUUUAGCCUCCACUGGCUCCUCCCUCCCGCUGCUGCUCUGUGGUGUCCCAGCUGCUAAGUCACUUUGCACCCCGUUUCAACGACAAAAUGUGGGAGCAGGUGAGUACCACAGCCCUGUUGAAUUUAGAGAUUUCUAAAUUCCUUACUUCAGCCUAACAAGAGGAGACGGUCCCCACCCCGGGCUACUCUCUCUGACAAAGUUUAAUUGUAUCUACUGUGAAAUCGUUAUUAAACUCAUCCGUUAAUAC